AUGCAGAGCUCAAGAUCAUUCCUGUUUCAGGUGUGUUUGAGUCUGGUGGUUUCUGUCUGCUCCGGCACAUGUAAACCUCUCCAUAAUGACAUCCAGAGUGACUAUGGGGAGGAAUUCUACUCUCAGCUGUCAGAGCAGGACCUUCUGGAGGAGGAAGACACUGACGCCAGGAUGGCGAACCUCCUGGGAAGCAUGAAGGAGAGCUUUUUAAGGAAACUCAACCUGUCGGAUGUUCCUCAGGAGCAAAGCAAGAUCUACCCUCCUCAGUUCAUGAUGGAGCUCUACAAUAAGUAUGCUUCUGACAGCUCAAUCCCUCAGUCUGAUGUCAUACGAAGCUUCACUGUGCAAGAUAUCACUCUCUCUGUGACAAAUGGCACAAAGUCCAAACACAGGCUGCAGUUCAACAUCAGCAUUCCCAACCACGAAAAGAUCACUACUGCUGAACUACAGCUGUUCUUCACCCCGGAGCCCAGGUCAACGGUCAACUCAAACAGUUUCAGGACCACAGUGAAAGUCUAUGAAGUGGAUUACAACAAUUCCACAUCCACAAACCAACUACUGGUGGGCAAAGAGGUGAAAGGCUCGCAGGGCACAUGGGAGACCUUUGAUGUUACUACAGCCAUUCAGAGCUGGAUCAAGUUUAGCCAUGGAGCAACCGUUUUUGAUGUAGUGGUUGAUAGGAAGGACUGCAAAACUCCUAAAAGUGGAGAGGAAGGAGUACGCUGCAUCAAUAUGAGCACCUCUGUCGGAGAUAACACUUCAGCUGCUUUGAUAGUCUUCUCUGAUGACCUGGGCAGCAGGAGAAGGGAGAAGAAGAAGGAGUUAAGAGAGAUGAUUCUCCAUGAAGAAGAGACCAUCUUUCACUCGGGAGCUGACUGGAACAAAGGAGAUCAACUUUCAAACGAGAUCCCUGAAGCGGAACAUCCACGGAGAAAGAAAAGAAAGGCCGAGAGGCAAUACUGCCAGCGGACCUCGCUCAAGGUCAACUUCAAAGACAUCGGAUGGGACAGCUGGAUUGUUGCGCCUCCAGAAUAUGACGCCUACGAAUGUCGAGGCCUGUGCUACCACCCGCUGACGGACGAAUCGACCCCAUCGAAACACGCCCUCAUCCAGACGCUGAUCAACAUCAGGGAUCCCAAAAAGGCCAACAUGGCUUGCUGCGUCCCAAUCAAACUGGACCCCAUCACAGUGAUGUAUAAGGAGAAUGGACGCCUCACUAUAAGAUAUCUUUACGAAGAGAUGAGGGUGGCAGAGUGUGGUUGCAGGUAG